AACUCCUCCUUCCUCCUCGCUUUAUACAUCAAGAACCACCACUCGUCCAGAACGCGCGCAGCCGUUGCCGUCGACACAAAGCAACAACAUUUCUUUAGUGAUUAGGUUUCACACCCGGAGUCGGUGGCAUCCAUGGCGGAGGAGGUCGACGGCGGCGCGGGGGCGUACGAGGACCUGCUUCCGGUGAUGGCGGGGCGGCUGGGCACCGCGGGGCUGCUGGAGGAGCUGCGGGCGGGGUUCCGUGUGCUGGCGGACCCGGCGCGGGGCGCGAUCACGGCCGAGAGCCUGCGCCGGAGCGCGGGGAGCGUGCUGGGCGUGGCCAGCAUGACGCCGGACGAGGCGGAGGCGAUGGUGCGCGAGGGCGACCACGACGGCGACGGCGCGCUCAGCGAGCGGGAGUUCUGCGUGCUCAUGGUGCGGCUCAGCCCCGGCAUCAUGGACGACGCCGAGGGAUGGCUCGAGGACGCCAUCGCCGACGAGCUGCUGCCGCCCGGCUCACCGACGUCGGCCUCCGCCGCAUGAUCUGAGUAUAGACCAGUAGUUACCAUGUGCGGUGAACUGUUCUCGUGUUCGUACUUGGUGCUGUUAAUAAUUAUAAGUAACCUGUGAGUGUGAGUGUGACGUCGUCCUGCUGUGUUUUCCUGUGUUGAUCCGUUAGUUAAGCUCGUGCACGGACUUCAUUUCAGUCCUCCCUUCUGAAAACACGUUCGCCCACUA